CUUCAGAACCGGCUGCAGGCAGCUCUCGAUUGAAGGCAAGGCUUUCAGCCGGACAGAUGAGGAGUCCGUGUGCUUUGGGUGCCCCCCACACCGGCGAAUCUUCCCCUGCUUAAGACGUUGCACUUGCUCCUUCCCUUUUCGACGGAGUUUUCUCGAAGCAGUUGUGUUGAAAAAGAAGCGUGGAUGGACGUGUUCUUAUUGUGAAAAAGGAGGACCAAACAUUUUACCAUGGGGAAAACAGCAGCUAAAGAUUCUAAGACUAUUAAAAGAGAAAAACAUGGGAAGAGUUGUCUGUCAAGCAACCAAUUGCUAAAUAAUGAAUAUUUUAACUGGGAUAACUACUUGAAAGAGACUGGAUCCUUAGCUGCUCCUUCACAUUGUUUCAGACAGUCUAGGGUUCCACCUAGCAAUGAUUUCAAAGUGGGGAUGAAAUUGGAAGCCCAUGACCCUCGAAACAUUACCUCAGUAUGUAUAGCUACAGUUAUUGGAAUCACGGGUGCCAGAUUAAGGUUGCGGCUUGAUGGAAGCGACAACAAAAACGACUUUUGGAGGCUAGUGGAUUCUUCUGACAUACAGCCAAUUGGAACCUGCGAGAAGAAAGGAGGAAUGCUUCAGCCACCACUUGGGUUCCAGAUGAAUGCAUCUUCCUGGCCAAUGUUUCUCCUAAGAACACUAAAUGGUGCUGAAAUGGCGCCUGCUUCAUUCUUUAAGAAGGAACCUACAAAGCCUUCUCCAAACUGUUUUAAAGUUGGAAUGAAGCUAGAAGCAAUAGACAGAAAAAAUCCUUAUUUAAUAUGUCCCGCAACGAUUGGGAACGUUAAAGGAGAUGAAGUUUUUAUUACCUUUGAUGGCUGGCGAGGGGCAUUUGACUAUUGGUGUAAAUAUGAUUCUCGGGAUAUCUUUCCAGUCGGAUGGUGCGAUUUAACAGGAGAUGCUCUACAGCCACCAGGGAAUAGUGUUUCGGGUACAAAGAAUAAUUCGAAACCUCAGACAUCCCCUUCCAAAGUGACCCGGCGCUCAAUGCAGUCUCCUCAGAAAUCUGCUCCUGUUCCUCCUUCUACAUCAAGGGGAAGGAAGCCUAGCCGGGGGAAACCAGCGGCUCCACCUGCAGUCCCUAGGAAAGGCAGGUCUCCCAAAAACACCCCUGUAGCGAAAAACACAUCUCAAAAAGAGAAUCUCAAAAAAAGGAAAAAAGGCUUGAAACCAGGAAGGAAGAAAAAAAUCUUACCAGUGCAAUCUCCAGUAUUUCCUCCUCCCCUUACCUCUGCAAAAGUGGACAACAGCGCACCUCAGAUACACAAAGAUGGACCUAGUAUCACUGGCGUAACAGCAGCUGUCAUUUCAACAGUUUGUGUCUAUGUUAACAAACACGGAAACUCUGGGCCUCAUCUGGAGAAAAAGAAGGUUCAGCAGCUUCCUGAUCACUUUGGACCGGGUCCUGUGAAUGUCGUGCUUCAGCAGGCUGUGCAAGCCUGUGUGGACUGCGCCUAUCAAUCCAAAACAGUCUUUGGAUUCCUGAAGUCGGGGCACCAUGCCGGAGAGAUCAUCACUGCCUCCUUUGAUGGGGAGAAGCACGCCAUCAGUCUUCCUUCUGUAAACAGUGCCUCGUUUGUCCUGCGCUUCUUGGAGAAGCUCUGCCACAGCCUGCAGUGCGAUAACCUUUUCAGCAGCCAGCCCUUCAGCCCUUACAUGGGAAGUGCAUACAGCCCCACCGAAUAUGAUAGAAACAAACCAGCAAAAGAGGAAAUCUCUGACAACAGAAGUACAAAGCGAUAUUCUCAGGAUUCGCCCUCCUAUACUGCCCCCCUGUCUCCUAAACUACCAAGGACUGAAGCUCAUCCCUCAGAAGCGGAAACCUUGCCAAGUGAAGAAAAUGGCACUUCCAAAGAACACAGAUUUUCAGAGGACUCAAUGGAUUCUGCACUUAAUUUAGUCAAUCCCGCAAGCCCUAACUGCCGGAAUUCCACUGAAUAUCGAACCUCAGGGAGUGCAGCCUAUUACAGGAAUUCUCUUCCGCCAGUGACUGCUACCUCAAACACAGCACCAAUUCUACGGAGAUUGUCGUCAAGUUCUGCUGCGAACAGCAGUUACUAUGAAGUCAACAGGAACAGGCUGCAGAGGAGGAUUGAAGCUGCAAGCUCCACAACAGGACCCGACCUCAGCACGCUAAAACGAGAACCCUCCCGCGUACCCAGUAAGGAUCCUUCUAUGUGGUCGAUAGAUGAAGUCAUGCGAUUCGUGAAAGAAGCUGAUCCUCAGGCAUUAGCGCCUCAUGCAGAACUCUUCAGAAGACACGAAAUUGAUGGAAAGGCUCUCUUGCUACUGAGGAGUGAUAUGAUAAUGAAAUACAUGGGACUGAAGUUGGGGCCUGCACUAAAGCUGUGCUACCACAUCGAGAGACUUAAGCAAGGGAAAUACUAGGCAACUGAUGCACAACUAUAAUGUCACAUGUUUAUUGGACAACCUCUCAGGUUCAUCAAGAUGGGGGAAGGCACAAUACCUUUGCCUGACUGAGCAUCUUAGAAAUGGACGGGAGAUGGUCCAUUCACUUCAGCAAAACAAGUUUCCAGCAGAUCGUGUCCAGUGUUCCAUUCACCGUGCAGUCCUGAACUGUCACUGGUUUCCAGAAGUUUCUUCCCCACAAUAUGAAAUUUGUUGUCAAGAGAAAGUAGUUACAUUUUUGUAUUUACAAAACUUUCAAGGUGCAGGGAAAGGCAGUGCCAUGGGUAUUUACAUGGGACGUUCUAAAUAUAUUUGCAACCAUUUGGCUUCAGCUGGUGCAUUUUCAUUCAGAACCAAAACAGCUGAAUUUCCAAAGGAAUUAAAAUAUGCUAUCAGGAUCUUAACAUUCCUUGUUUUGCAAAGGUGACUGAAUUAAUAAUGCUAAACGGGAAAAGGUAUUAAUGUCUGCAAUGAGUUCAUUUCUCAGUUAACAUCCUGAUACUCCAGGAGAUCAAUAUUCAGAUUAUGCUACAUAGGUUUCCACAAAGGGAAUAGCCAUAUGAAAUGUUCUGUAUGUGUGCGCGCUGUGUGUUUAAAAACAAAAGAAAGCUUUUGUAAAGAGUUUUAAAUUAUGAGGGGAAUUUUUGUAGUGUUGACAAUUUAAGCUGGCAGUAUUUCUUUUUCUUUUUUUGAGAAGGAAGUUCUCGUGGCUGAUUUGAACAGCCAACUUUUCCAGGUGAGUGAACAAAUUUCCUCCUCGCUCACUGGAACCUGUGCCACCUAUCAUUUUGAAUCAUUCCGUCUCUGUGGAGCUUAACAUGAACAUAAAACGUUCAUGCGCUUGUAUAUUUGUGUGUGAGUACGAUACAUGCGUCUGUGCUGUACAUAGUGUUCAUUUUUUUAGAAAGUCUUUUAAAAGGUACUUUUGCACUGUGACAGAUGACAAACUGUAGAGAUAAAAGUUUUACCAGUAAAAACAAGAAAAACAUGCACAAUCCAUUUUGGCCUCUGUUUACAGAUUGUUAUGCGCAGUAUGAGGCUUUGUGAACACUCUGCUGAGCACUAUGAUCAUUUCUUGACACCCAUUCAACUACAGGCUUCUUGCUGGAGGACAGGGUGGGGAGGGGAAGAAAGGGGCCUAUAUCCAUUUCCUCUAUCACUCCAAAUCUCAGAUGAUUUCAUGCUUUCAGGCCUGACUGCACUGAAGUCUGUUAGGUUCUGUGAAAUCCAGCAAGUAUUUCUGCACGCAGCUCUAGUAUUAGACGCACGGGUCUGAACUCCACAAAGCACCUUUUGCUGCAUGUGGAUCACCCUUGCUGGAUGAAAGUGAAUGUGUCUUCUUGCUGUUAUUGACUUAACACCUGUCUGCUUUGCUUUCCAUUUCUGGAGGGAUAAGAAACAAUCAAAGGACAGGUGGAUUCACGCAGGGGAAUGUCCCUGUACUAUGCAAUAUUUUGGAUUUUCAUCAUGUCGUGCUGAGCCAUUUUGUUCUGGGAAGAUUUCUGGAAAAACGGUGUGGUGACAUUUUUGUUCUGAAUUUCUAUCUUGCCCUCAGCUUCUUUUAAAGUGGAAAAAAAUGACAAUUUUAACAAAGAAGUUGAACUGCACAUGGAUGUGUGUGUGUGUGUUAUACACUUUGGUGCUGUUUCUAUAAGCUACAAGAAGUGCUGAUAGUAAAACAUUUUGCUGUCUGCCAAUAUCAUAUCAGGGACAAUUGUGUACAUUUGCUGUGUAGGAAAUGGAAUGUACUGUAUGUAAUAGUACAAGUGAUGAUAGAGAAGAUGUAGUCCAAAAAGGAAGGUAGAUUUUAUAUUUCUUAUUGCCUUUUUUAUAUCAAAUGUGUCUAGUUAAAGAAAGUAUUUUUACACAUUACUCAUUUGAAAAUGCCUUGCUUGCUGGUAUACUAGUAUUACUCAGGUUUAGCAAAAAGUACCGCAAAGUCUCAAAACAAUUUCCAGAUUUAAAUGAGUUCACUUCAGAGGUGUGUUGUAUUUUAUGAACAGCCUGAUGUUAAUAUUUGUUGUGUCUGCUAAAUAGUUCCCUCUAUUAAGUGAACAAACCAUUAUACCAGCCCAGAAUGGCUUUGGAACUGUGCCACACAGCUCUUGCAGAUGUUUGGAAUUGAGCUGCAAGGGCUGCAAUAUAUUUAUGAAAUUAAUUUUAAUGAAAAAUAGAUGCAUGACAUGGGUAAUGUGAUAGCAAAUACUUGGCAUUUAUGUUGGUGGCUGCAGUCUGUGAGACCCCCGCACAUUUUUUCUGCAGUUAUUAGCUAAGUGAAAUUUACGCAUACUCAAAAAAUUACCAAAUUUAUCCAUACUUUUUAAUCAGCAAUACUUGGACAAACUUUUUGCUUCUAACGUGGCAAUUCUGAAUGCUGUUAAAACAAACUAGCAUGUGGAGGAGAGACACUGUAAAAUACAAUGUGUAUUCUAAUAAGUGUGGCUUAUUCCACUCCAUGAUAGAUAAUAUUAAAAAAUAGAUUUGAAUAUGGAGAAAACCCCAAUCUUGCAUGCAUGUGGUUAUUUUUCGCCGUCAACUGGAAGAACAACUAUCUUAUAGUUCAACUCAUUUUAUAUAACCUACAGUUGGUUUUAAAAUGUUUUAUACAAAUAUUUUAGCGACCUUCAUGCAUUUUGGGAGUGUGGUUUUUUGCCAUUGAAUAGGGGAAAGGGUGUGCAUUGCAUUGUGUACACGAAACAAGAAUGCCAUACCGAAACUUAACCUUGUACUAUAUAUAUAGCAUGAUAUCAAACUCUUAUCAAGUGUUUGUAACAGAAUAUAUAUUUUAAUUAUUUUCAACUGGAUGUUUUCAUCUACGUAGAAAAUAAAACAUGUUCAGUGUUUA